CUAACACGUCCAAAUAUGGUCACACAGCUGUAACCAAAAAAUAAAAUAAACAAAUCGCAUAAUCAUGUCCAGCGGAUUUGCGCGUAGCUCGUACAAGUUGUUUGUGGGCAACCUGCCGUGGACCAUCAGCAGCAAGGAGCUGAAAACCUACUUCUCCCGCUACGGGCACGUGGCCAAUGCAGAAGUAGUGUUCGACAAGCAGCAGGGACUUUCAAAGUACUACGGAUUCGUAGUCUUCAGCCAGCGGGAUGCCUACAACAGCGCCAGCAAUCAGAACACCCACUUCCUCGAGGGCAGGGUACUCAACGUGCAGCGUGCCAACGAAAGUCAAUAAAGUUACUUGAGAAAUAUACAAAUGUAAUCUUAUAGAGGUUUAAUUACGUGUACCGGAGCCAAAGAAAUAUUUCGAUUGUUUCAUUUUUAGUUCCUAAA